AUGCCAGACGAGCCGCGCCGCAUCAUCAUCGAAAAAUCCAGCACCGUUCGACGCCGGUAUCAACGCAGCAACAAGCGAUUCAAAUUCACCGCCUCCCAACUGCGGCGAAUUGAACGAGAAGAGGAACUCGAUCGUCGAGCUAAAAAUAUUCGCGAGAAAGAGCAAAAGCGCAUUGCAAAUAAGAGAAAACGGGAAGAGAAGGAGGCGAAGGACCGAGAGGAGCGCAAGCGAUUAGGGCUGCCAGAUCCCAAUGCGCCCAAGGUCCCGUCGAGCCAGCCGCUACUCGCGGCCUUCUUAGGCAACGCCAAGCCGAAGAAGCCUGUAGAGUGUCGGCCUGUUUCCCCUGUCUCAGUGGAUAUCACGACCGAAACUGAGGCUCGAACCGAUGGAGGAGAUACGGAAGUCGAUAGUGCCGGGGGUGACACUGAGGUUGACUCUGAUGUGUUUGAUGACUUGGAUGAGGAGAUAGAGGAGGACAUCUCUUGUCUCCAGGAGGAUAAUUCUUGUCUACAGGAUGCGGGCAUCCUCCACUAUUCUUGCGCUCAACCCCCAGUCCCCGAAACUAGCCGAGAUACGCUAGAAUCCAUGAACGACGAUGACGAUGACGAAUUCUCUGAUUGCUCAGCAUUCGACGACGAAGACAUAAUGAACACGAUGGAUGCGGCUGCGGCUAUACAUCUGCCUUCGGUUAAAUCGAAGAACAAAUUCCCGAUGUCCCAUUCUCAAACCCUAACCCCAUCUACCUCCGUACGCGCCCCUACAUCGACACUAUUGCAACCACAUGCGAGUGACCAAAAGCAUAGCAAAGCCAAUCCUAUCACUUCGUUCAACGAUUCCUUUCGCGACGAGACAGCUGAUUUUCUUGAAGAAAUCUUCUCGCGUGGCUGUGGGGACUCAUUUGGCGAGCUUCUCCAGCUGGAUUCACAAACUUAA